AUAACCCUCAAGUUCAUGACAUUAAUCACAUUUUGAUUGGCAAAAAGUAUAACCAAGACUUUGUGCCCCUAAAUAUUGUUGUGAAGAAUCAUAUUGGAGAUUACCCUUUAGCCCAACAAAAACUGAAAAACUUCAGUCAGCCCAUCGUCUUCUUCUUCGUCUUCUUCUAAUUUCUGCUUCCCACUAGGCUUUCUUCCAUAGGCUGCAGCAGAAGUUAUGGCGUUAUGGAUGGAACCAAAUUCCGAGCCAAAGACGGAGACUGAAAUGUUCGACUUGGAUGCCAUUAAUGCACUCAAAGAGUCCACUGCAAUCGAACUCAAGGAAAAAGGAAAUGAGUAUGUGAAGAUGGGGAAAAAACAUUACCCAGAGGCCAUUGAUUGCUACACUAGGGCUAUCAAUCAACAGGCUUUGAGUGAUGCCGAGCAAUCUAUUCUUUAUUCGAAUCGAUCCCUUACCAAUCUGCUAUUGGGGAAUAAUCGGCGAGCACUGCAGGAUGCUGAGGAGGCUAUCAAACUCAGCCCAACGAACAUUAAGGCACUAUAUAGGGCUGCCAAAGCAUCAUUCUCUCUUGGUCUGUUAGUUGCAGCUAAGUCUUACUGUGAAAAGGGCCUUGAACAAUCCUCAUCUAAUGAUGAUUUGAAGAAGCUUGCCAAGAAGAUCGAUAUUCGCAAGUCUGAACUUGAACGCCAUGAAGCUGAAGUUUCCAAAGUUGUUUCAGACGCGAAGGGUCUCAUCUCAGCUUUUGAGGAUAGGAAAUUGAAGAUUGGAAAGGCAACGUAUCGAGAACUCACAGGGUUAAAAAGGCCAAUGCUAGACAAAAAUAAUAUUCUUCACUGGCCUGUUGUCAUUCUAUAUCCAGAGGUUAUGUCUAGUGAUUUCAUCCAGGAUUUCUGUGAGGCAGACACGUUUUCAGCCCAUCUUGACAUGAUAUCCUUUUUUUUGGUUAAUUCACUAUUUUAAUGUAUUUUGAUUUUUAAGCUUUCAUCCAUUCACUAUCCAAAUAUUUCCCAUAUUACUGAACCUUACUAUAUGCAUCUAUAUCUAUAAUGACGCUUGUAGUCCUUAGUUUUGAAACAUGUUUUCAGAAGAUUCUCAACCUUUGCCCUGGGAUGAAGGAAAUGCUUAUACUCGUGAUGCUCUUGAACUGUAUUAUGAGGUAGGUUCUAUAGCUCCUUUAUCAAAGAAAGAACUUCUUCGUUAUCUACUUGAUGGGACUUCUGCUUCUAAUUUAGAAAACUUUGAAGAAGAGGGGGAUAUAGAUGCUUCUCUUGAAUCAACUACUUCACUUGGCUAUUGCGACUCCAAGUGGAUGAAAGUUGAUGAGAGGAGGUCACUACAUGAUAUAUUGAAAGAACCAAAUCUCGUAAUCCCUGGAAAUCCUGUCUUUUUUCUUGUUUCAAGGAAGUCCAGCUUCUAUAACACCUUCAAAUCUGGAACCUGGUCUUUCAAAUAGUUUCCUUGACCAAACAUCAUACCCAGUGAAGUCAUAGGGGGUAAGCAGACCUUACUCUUCCAAACAUAUAUUUUUGUUUAAUUCUCAAAGGGAGAUAAUUCUAGCUUGGAAGUUGAUUUUUUUUUUAUAUCAGAAAAGUUGAAUUAUUUAAUUACACAAGCAUGGGAAAGUGCCACUAGUUUUGUACCCUCAUAAUGUCUUGU